CCGCCCGCAGACGCUCGGAACUACCGAUCCGAGAGCUACCCGGAGAGGGCCGGCGGCGGGAGUGGAGUGGGUUGCGCGGGGCCGAGCCGGGCCGGGGGCCGUUUGGGGGCCGGGCGGCGGCCGGGCCGGCGGACGGCGGGAUGGGCUGCACCGUGAGCGCUGAGGACAAGGCGGCAGCCGAGCGCUCCAAGAUGAUCGACAAGAAUCUACGGGAAGACGGAGAGAAGGCAGCGCGGGAGGUGAAGUUGCUGCUGUUGGGUGCUGGUGAGUCGGGAAAGAGCACCAUUGUCAAGCAGAUGAAGAUCAUCCACGAGGACGGCUACUCCGAGGAGGAAUGCCGGCAGUACCGAGCAGUCGUCUACAGCAACACCAUCCAGUCCAUCAUGGCCAUUGUCAAAGCCAUGAGCAAUCUGCAGAUUGACUUUGCCGAUCAGUCCCGCCAGGACGACGCCAAGCAGCUGUUCGCACUGGCCAGCGCGGCCGAGGAGCAGGGCGUGCUCCCCGAGGACCUGUCCAGCAUCAUCCGGAGGCUCUGGGCUGACCACGGUGUGCAGGCCUGCUUCAGCCGCUCUCGGGAGUACCAGCUCAACGACUCUGCUGCCUACUACCUGAAUGACCUAGAGCGCAUUGCGCAGAGCGACUACGUCCCCACACAGCAGGACGUGCUGCGGACCCGCGUGAAGACCACGGGCAUCGUGGAGACGCACUUCACCUUCAAGGACUUGCACUUCAAGAUGUUCGAUGUGGGCGGACAGCGGUCUGAGCGGAAGAAGUGGAUCCACUGCUUCGAGGGCGUCACAGCCAUCAUCUUCUGUGUGGCCUUGAGCGCCUAUGACCUGGUGCUGGCCGAGGACGAGGAGAUGAACCGCAUGCACGAGAGCAUGAAGCUGUUUGACAGUAUCUGCAACAACAAGUGGUUCACGGACACAUCCAUCAUCCUCUUCCUCAACAAGAAGGACCUGUUUGAGGAGAAGAUCACACACAGUCCCCUGACCAUCUGCUUCCCAGAGUACACAGGCGCCAACAAGUACGACGAGGCGUCCAGCUACAUCCAGAGCAAGUUCGAGGACCUCAACAAGCGCAAGGACACCAAGGAGAUCUACACGCACUUCACAUGCGCCACCGACACCAAGAACGUGCAGUUUGUGUUCGACGCCGUCACCGACGUCAUCAUCAAGAACAACCUGAAGGACUGCGGCCUCUUCUGAGGGGCUGCCGACCUGGCAGGAUGGGCCACCGCCAACUCUGCUCCCCCCCAGCCCCUGAGGAAGAUGGGGACAAGAGGACCACGCUCUCCACCUGUCCCUCCCCAGCCGCUUUUCUCCUCUUUUCUCCGUUCUUGGCUGCCCCCUUCCCCUCCCUCAGUUCCAGAGACUUGGGGGAGGGGUUGCCACAGGCCUCCCUAUUCAAAGCCCACUCUUGUCCCAGGUGCUGGGAGUGGCCUCGGUACCCCCUUCUUGGGCGUCUGUUCUGGUUUUAACCCUUGUCUUAUUCUGGGACAGGGGAGCGGAGCACAUGCUGAGUCUCCUAAGACCUGUGUCUGGAGGGGCACCCACUUCUCCAGCCUGGGACCCCUGGCUUCGCCCAACACCAGCCCCUGACCCAGCCUGAGUCCAAAAUGUUUACAGGGAGCCUCCUGUCCCCCCCCCCCCCCGCAGCCGCUCGGAGGCCCCAAAGGAAAAGCACAAGAAGCGGGUGACGCCACCGCUCCUGGAGACCACAGUUUGCCUGCUCGUUCUCGUAGCUUUUUAAAAAAAAAAAGUAAAGGAAAAAACCUGCAAACCUAGAACACUUUUUAGAGAAAAACUAUUUAAAACUGUCCGACCCUGACCAGCUCCCACCCAGCCCCCAUUCCAGCAAUUCCGUGCCUUGAGUGUGUCCGCGUGUUUACACCUGCCCACUCCUGCUGGCGCCCCGCGCGGGCCACACCCCCACCUUGCCCUCCACUCCGCGCGGCCAGUGGGGCUGUUCCGGACAACUGCCAGCGUCUCGGAAGGCUGCCCCAGCAGCCCUGGGCCCCGGCUCCAUUAACCUCCACGUAGCUCCUUAGCGCUAACCUAGGAACCACCGCUGCCUGCUGAGGGGCCAUGUCCCUCAUGCCCUCCCCCCAGGUCGGGCGUUGAACACUUCCUUGCUUUUUUCACGUUUUAUGGAAUUGUUCACCUGGUUUGAAAUAAUAAAAUGUAGAAAGAAAAAUA